GCCUCCCCCCUCACUGCUAUGCUGCGGGUGUGUUCGGCCUUCAGCACUUCAGCCGCCUGAUCACUGAUUAAACCGCCCGAGUCUCCGUCUCAUCGCCCGAUAUACCGAGGAACCGACUUUACCGACCCGUCUACACCCGGCUGUAACGAUGGCCGACUUCAGUGCGGUUGGUAGGAUUGAAUCAGACGACAGUAGCCCGGACUGGUCGACAGUGAGCGGGCGGAUGAACUCGUUUCAGGACUUUCCUCCCUCUCUGAAGAUCCCGGCGGAGAAACUGGCCCGAGCUGGACUCUACUUCACCGGGGAGUCGGACCGCGUUCGCUGCUUCAGCUGUCUCAGCACCAUCGAGAACUGGAACCAGGGCGACAAUCCGCUGGACCGGCACCAGGCCGUGUCUCCCGCCUGCAUGUUCCUCAGCUGCGCUCACGGCAGGAACCGCCCCGGCCACGCCCCGGGCCCCUCUCGGACCCCCGGCAGGGACGAGGACAUGGAGUUCCGGCUGCGCACCGGGGAGGUGGUGGACGAGACCCUGUACCCCAAGAUUCCUCACAUGAGGAGUGAAGACGAACGCUUCGCCACCUUCGCCGGCUGGCCGUCCUGGUCCCCGGUGCGCCCGGCCGCGCUGGCGCAGGCGGGCAUGUUCUACGUCCCCGAGAGCAGCCGGCAGCCGGACCGGGUGCAGUGCUUCUGCUGCGGGGGCAUGCUGUCGGGCUGGGAGGAGGGCGACGACCCCUGGGGGGAACACGCCCGCCACUAUUCCAACUGCUUCUUCAUUCUGGGUCACGACGUGGGGAACGUGGCCUCGAUGGAGCCCAGACAGGGCGGCAGCCACAUCAGCGGGUCCAGGGAGACGUACGAGGGACGACUGGAGAGUUUCCAGGGCAGAGAGCAUCCCAUCAGCCCCGAGCGCCUGGCACGGGCCGGCUUCUACAGCGCAGGUGAUGGUGAUCGUGUUCUUUGCUUUAAAUGUGGUGGAGGACUGAAGGACUGGCAGCCAGAUGAAGAUCCCUGGAAAGAACAUGCCAAACACUACCCCGGAUGCAGCUUCCUGCAGGCAGAGAAAGGUCAGGCGUUUAUCAACAGUGUCCAGCUGGGCGGCGGCUCCUCGUCCAACGGAUUCUCCAGACAUGAGAGGACGACGGACGUGAUGCAGUCGGCGAUCGGACAGGAAGCUGUAAAACUGGGAUUCGACCCCGCCGUGGUGGAGCGGAUGAUUUUAGAGAAGAUCCGUCAGAGCGGAGCCGGUUACUCCACGGUGACGGAUCUGAUCCACGACAUCGACGCUGCUGCCACCUUCGGUAACCGCGCUGACGAGGAGCGAGAAGCUCAGAACGACGACCCCAUUAAAAAGCUGGAGAUGCUGCAGAGGGAGAAGUGCUGUAAAGUCUGUAUGGACCGCGACAUUUCCGUCGUCUUCCUCCCCUGUGGACACUUGAUAACAUGUGAGAAAUGUUCCGCUCAGCUCAGCAAGUGUCCCAUGUGCAACACCACCAUUACCCAGAAAAUCAAAACCUACUCCUAAUCUCAGAGAAUCUCAUCAAAUAUUAUCAAAUAUAAUAAAAUCUCACAUACUAGAAAGAACUGCUGCUUUUCCCUAAUCACAUAAUAAUAUACACAUUCCUUAGAAAUAUAAUAGAAAUAUAAUAUAUAUUAUAUAACAUGUACAUAAAGAUGAUUCUGUAUCAUAUAGAAACAUAUAUAUAUAUAUAUAUAUAAUAAUAAUAUAUAUUUUUGUUGUAUUUUUGCUCUGAUUUUUGCUACGUUCGCUGAGACGCCUGUACUAAAGGGAACAUUUAUUCUCCAUGUAAAUACGACCUCGUUUUCUGGCUGCUCUUUAAACCUCGUGCUGCAGUAAGUGGAUUGGCGGGUGAUUUUUUUGUCCUUUAUGUUCGUUUGUUGUUGUUUUGAGUGGAAGUUUGAUGUGAGAUUUGACUCAUUUGACCUGAACAAACUGGUUCCAUUCUGUAACAUUACAGUUCAGUUCAAAUUCUGAAUCUGACUCCUGAAUCAAUGUCGACUCUGAUUCACUGACUCACUGAUUCAGUGCUUGUCUAUAACUCACAUCAUGUAGAUUUUUCUUAUUUUCUUAAAUUAUUUUCACUUGAUUUUAGUUUGUUCGUGAUUUAGAUUUUAAUGCUGCUUUUGUUCUAAAAUCUAUUUUGAAAAGCUUUUGAAUAUGAAGAUAAAAUAAAGUAGAAAUAAUUUACAGCGUU